UUUGCUGCCCAGUCAAGCAUAAGGAAGUCAAAAGCACGUUUGCUGGUUGCUUUAUGUCUGCUGCGCACACAGAAACAUAAAGAUGCUGUUAAGAAAUCUUGUAAUCGCUUCAGUGGCAGUUGUGUUUUUGGUGUCCAGUGUAUCAGCGGCUCCUGUUGAAGAUAAGGAGCCCGAGGAAAAUGACUUUGAGGCUGAAGAGGGUGAAGAAGAGCUGUCUGAGGAGGAAGAGGAUGAUGAUGACUCCAAAGGUCAGCAUAUGAAGGGAGCCGGAUCUCAGCAGGCCACCACAGCACCCAAAGGCUUGGGUUUAACUCCUGGCAGCGGCGUCGUGGGCGAAUCCCCAAACGGUCACAAACUUAAUGGUGGCACUCAAACGGGCCAAGUCUCGUCAAGCAGCACAUCCACAGCUUCAGGAGGAGCAAAUGGAGGUAACGGUAGAGACGGGUAUUCACAUUCAUCUGGCUCAAGUUCUCAAGACGCAAGUUACGAUGGACAAGAUGGGUCCAAAUCUGAGAUAGCCCCUCCAGGCGUAGGAACUGGAGGUGCGGGUGCUAAUGGAGGUUCAGGAUCUAAAGUCCCAGGCACAGAAGGGGGCGUCCAUUCAGUGUCCAUUUCUAUUGUGUCAUCAGGUCAAGGGUCAUCAGGCCACAUAUCAGCAGGUCAUGGGUCAGUGAUGUCAUCAAGCCAGUCGUCUGGCAGGCCUUCAGCAGGACAGACAUCAGACGCUGCAGGUGUCGUUUCAUCCGAGGUCCAGCCUACAGGGUCGGAUGGAUUCUCUCCACAAUAUGAAAAUGGAGAAACAUCUCAAGAUGGAUCUCAGAUCGAGCCUCCAGAAAUCCCUGAGACAGAAUCUAACGGUAAUGGACAUAAACAGCUACUGAAUGGAGGGGAAACAGGAUUCACGGGACUAGAUCAUUUCAUGGCAGGUACAUCUCAGAUACAAGGCACAGGUGGUUUUGAUUCAUUUGGCGCAAGCCCCCAUCUGGCAAUUACAGGCGUAAUAGACCAGUCAAGCCACGACUUUCUUGUUGGCUUAAUGGGUGGAUUGGGAGAAAGCUUUGGUCCAGACACCCAAACGGACGGUCUAGGUACGCUUUUAGACCUCUUAGACACUCCUGCAGACGUUCAGCCCACAUGCCUAGUAACUGACGCUGUCUCAACAGAUCACAUGGGACUCGCUUUUCAGGUGGAUUCGGCAGCCGCUGGCCUGAGUCCAGGGCAGUCGUCCAGUGGCGGUCCGGUUCUAGACGCUCCUCCAGACUCUGCAGGACCGGAUUAUCUCUCUGUUGACAAUGGGAACGGUGAUUAUAGCCACUCAGUCAGCACGUCUGAUAAUGGAGCACCAUCAAAAUUACCGGCCGAUACAACAGAUUCAUCAGUAGUGUUGGACACAGCGUCACAUCCGGCUCAUUCCUUCAUAGACUAUUCAGAUGGAGGAGCGGAUAAUAACGGUGCAGAUAACGGCGCAGAUUCACACGAUACAAACGGAAAUGGCAAUGGUCGACACAAACCUGUGGUAGACGUACAGAAAGGUGACCCCUCAGGCGUUCAUCUCGACCUCAGUGGAGCAGGAGCGGAGACACAUCACACAGCUGGAGACCACCAUACAGUCAGCUCACUUGCAGAUGCAGUUGGCGCACUUGGUUUAAGUGACCACACUCUCAGUCCUUACGCUGAUACGACUGGACAUGAUGGUGUCACUGGUGCAGGAGCACAGACAGAUAUGGCAGGUGCUGCAGGUGAGCCAGUGACUGAUGGACAGGCUCAAAUUGACAUGACAGGACAGGGACACUUAGCUGUGACUGACGGCAUGCCAAAUUACACAGAUUCUGUGCUCGCGACCGGGACUGGAUUUACAGAUGCCUCAGAGACACAUAGUAUCAUGGUUCAGACAGACUUACCAGUCACAGGGGGUCCAUUCACAGCGGGUUCCUCACAGACAGAUGCCAUGGGGACAGGCCAGCCUGGUGCUACGGAGCAGACACAGCCAGCUGCUUGUUCUGUCCAGUAUCAGCAGGUGAACAGUACCACACAUCUGGUCAGGGUCCUGAAGGUGCAGAAAAUGUGGAACUGGAAGAUUCCUGCUGAUUUCCACAUGAAGCCGCGCGUGAGGUUUCUGCGCUACAGAUUUCAGUGUACAGACCAGUACGCCUGGCAGAGGAACCGCCAACCGGCCCGCUAGACUUUAGCUCUCCUUUGUGCGUAUGUGUGUGUGCGCGAGUGUCUGUUUGUCUGAUUUUGGACUAUUUAAGCAUUCAGAGGAUAUACUGUAACUUAACGUUUUAUUGCGUCUGUUUAUAAAAGUGCCCUGUAAGUAUUUCAUUCAUUGGGUAAAAGUCAAACUUUGAGCGAGAGAUUAUUCGAAAUUCGAAAUGUAUUUGUGUAAAUUCAAUGGUUUUAUUUUUCCUCCCCCAUAAAUGUUGCUACUGUGUUUUCCAUGCCUAGAUGUUUGAGCGAUAUUCUUCCCAGAUGUCACGAAUUGUAUAUUGCUGAAUGUGUCAUUUGAAGAUAAUCUUUACAUUAAAUUGAACAUCUAUUUUGAACAUCAAA